AUGAGGUGGUCGCAUGUGGAGGAUAGGUGGAGGUGGGGGUUGGAAGAGUCUGGAAUGUUCUCAGUUAAAUCUACAUAUGGCAAAUUAGAGGCGGUUGUGGUUAGGGAAGAUUUGUGGAGUGUGGAGGAGAAAGGUGUCUUUGCCAAGCUUUGGAAAAGUCCGGCACCUUCCAAGGUUGUAGCGUUCUCUUGGAAGCUUCUUUACGAUCGUAUCCCAACAAGGGUUAAUCUAUUGGUUAGGAAUGUCUUGCCCACGGAUGCUUCACAUUUGUGUACCUUGUGCGGGAGAGGGGAGGAAUCGUCAAUUCAUCCUUUUCUUCAUUGCGAAGUUGCCGGAAGGGUGUGGCGUGACAUGAUGGGGUGGUGGGAGAGUUUUAUUGUAAUCCCGCCAAAUUUAUUUAUCUUAUGGGAGUGUUGGUGCGGUGGGGAGAGGAAGAAGAGUAUUCGUCGGGGGUUAAGAUUAAUUUGGCAUGCGACGAUUUGGGUUUUAUGGAAAGCUAGGAAUGACAAGAUCUUCAAUAAUCGGAAUUUGGUGGUGGAUAUUGUGGAGGAUAUUAAGGUGGUUACUUGGUGGUGGUCGUUGGAGAUAAUGGCAAUGUCUCCGUCUAGUGUUUUUCUGGUUCCCUGCGUGGUGUUUCUUUGGGUGGUAAGGCUUGAGUUUGUGGGCACUUGUAGCGUGGUGUUGGCAGCUGGUGGUGGUGGUUUCAUAGCUUCGGUGGUUUUUGGUGUUGACGCAGGGGUACUCACUUCACUACUCUUAUCUUCAAAGAUAAGAGGAGUUGACACUUUGGACAUUAUGAAAUAUAUGUCUCCAGGCCUAGAAUGA